AAUGUCUGAUCCAACCCACCGUCUCCUCCAUUUUGCAUUUGAUUUUGCAGUCUCCACCGACACCAAUUCUCCGCCGUUCUAUACGCCACCAGAUUCGAUUUUCGAUUUCACUUUCACCAGAUAUUCUCGGUUGUACGACUCCCUAGUCUGGAUUGAAGGUUAAAUCUCAAAAUCCUGAAUAAUUCUCCAUUGAUCGCUGGGUUGGAGGUUAAAUCUCAAAUUCCUGAAUAAAUCUCCGUUGAUUGCUGGAUAAAUCUGUGAAUCGGGUGUUUGGGGAUUGAGAUUCUCAUUAUCGAUCGGAAUCGGAGAGGUUAGGGUUUCGGGGAAGAAGGAUGAAGAUGUGAAUCUGGUGUUUGGGGAUUAAGAUUCUCAUUAUCGAUCGGAAUCGGAGGGGUUAGGGUUUCGGAGAAGAAAGCAUUCGCGACGGAGAUGCUGGAUCGGAUCCUCGGCCAGCGGCGUUUGAGGGAGAUCCAGCGCCUCUUCCGGCGAGGUAAGCUGACUCUUCUCUGCCUUCUUCUCACUGUACUAGUCCUGCGCGCGCAUCUCGGCGCCGGAAAAUUCGGCACGCCGGAGAAGGACCUGGAUGAGAUCCGCGAAACCUUCUCGUACAUUCGGAAGCGCGUGGAGACGCGGCGCGUGUUGGAAGAGACCUCAAUCGAGCACCACAAAUCGAGUGGAGCUGCGGAGAAUGUGAACACUAACAGUUACGCAGAAUUCGAUAUCGCGAAGAUUCUGAAGGAUGAAGACGAUGGAGUGCCGGAAUUCAAGCGCGAUCCGUCGCAGCCGUACAGUCUCGGGCCGAAGAUUUCCGAUUGGGAUCAGCAGCGAGGCGAGUGGCUGAAGAACCAUCCGAAUUUCCCCAAUUUCGUGGCGGAGAAGAAGCCUAGGGUUUUGUUAGUCACUGGAUCUUCGCCUAAACCAUGUGAGAAUCCGAUCGGCGAUCAUUACCUCCUGAAAUCGAUCAAGAACAAGAUCGAUUACUGCAGGCUGCACGGGAUCGAGAUCUUCUACAACAUGGCGUUGCUGGAUGCUGAAAUGGCUGGUUUCUGGGCGAAGCUGCCAUUGAUAAGGAAGCUUCUGAUUUCGCAUCCGGAGGUGGAGUAUCUAUGGUGGAUGGACAGUGACGCCAUGUUUACAGACAUGGCAUUCGAGCUGCCAUGGGAGAGGUACAAGGACAUUAACUUGGUGAUGCACGGAUGGAACGAAAUGGUGUAUGAUCAAAAGAACUGGAUUGGAUUGAACACAGGGAGCUUCUUGUUGAGAAACUGUCAAUGGUCGUUGGAUCUUCUCGACACACUGGCGCCAAUGGGGCCGAAGGGGAAAGUCAGGGAAGAAGCCGGGAAGCUCUUGACGAGGGAGCUGAAGGACAGGCCGGUGUUCGAGGCAGAUGAUCAGUCAGCAAUGGUGUACAUUCUUGCGACGCAGAGGGAGAAAUGGGGGGAGAAGGUGUAUCUAGAGAACCAUUAUUAUCUGCACGGGUAUUGGGGGAUUUUGGUGGAUAGAUACGAGGAGAUGAUCGAGAAUUAUCACCCGGGGCUUGGGGAUCAUCGAUGGCCGUUGGUGACUCACUUUGUGGGCUGCAAGCCUUGUGGGAAGUUUGGGGAUUAUCCGGUGGAGAGAUGUUUGAAGCAGAUGGAUCGGGCAUUUAACUUUGGGGAUAAUCAGAUUUUGCAGAUGUAUGGAUUUACGCACAAGACGCUUGCGAGCAGGAGAGUGAAGAGGACGAGGAACGAGACAGGGAAUCCUCUUGAAGUGAGCGACGAGCUCGGGCUGCUUCACCCGGCGUUUAAGGCUGUCAAGGUAUGACAUUUUGCUCGAUUCGGUUUUCUUGAAUGUGUCUGAAAAUGUUGGGGUGGGAUCGAAAAAAGCUGAACUGAACUGAACUGAAUUUAUGGAGAAGUUUGAGCUAUAUAUAUAUAUAGUUUUAGCUAUAUAGCCUGCCCUAUACUUGGUGCCUUUGUGAAUUUAUUUGUGCAAUAAUUUGAGCAUUGUGUUGUGUAAUACUGCCUACUUUUAAGGUUAUGCCAAUCUCCAUGGAUAUGUAAACUGAGGUUGAGUUCUAUGUUUUUAUUUAUUUAUUUUUGUUACAGCUGAUGAAAAAAGCAUACGUGUUGUUGGAGUUUA